AAAAUGAGCUGCAUUUAUACAGCGUCUCUCCAGUGGGGCAGAGCACACUUGUACAAUACAUUUGUAUUUACUAAUUGCUUCCUGAUUAUCGCGUUGUGUGUUAGGGAAGAAGAUGAGGAGGAAGAAGAAGAGGAAGAAGAUGAUGAUGAUGUUGAUGACAUGAAGGAGGCUGUGAAACCAGUGAAGACCCCUGUAAAAGCGCCAGUGAGAAUGCCAGAAAAGAAACCGGACGUGGGGUCUAAUUCCCUGAAAAGCCCGCGGAGGCCGUUUACCAUGGGGGAAAUUAAAACCAAAAUGAAGACCUUGGUCGGAAAGGGCCACUCCCUACCAAGAAACGAAAAGAAGUUUGAAAACCUUGUGAAACAUACUUUCCGAUUAGGAGAUAAAACCGUCAUUAAGGAGUUGUGGGUCUGGGUACAGACACUGAAGCAAACCAAGUGAGCGACUCAGCGAGCAAGGCAUACUUCCCCAUGUUUCUGCACGGUUUACCAUGUUGAAGAAAUCCAGGGUGUUUCCCAAAAAACGUUUUUUGUUCUGGUCACUUCGUCUGCUUAAGGCUGUGAUUUCUUAAAAAAAUAAAAAAAAUUAAAAAUUCUUAAAAAA